UUUCCCUUGUUCAUCUCUACUCUUAAACCUCCAAUGACGAUAUAGCCAUAUUUUUGCCUUCUUUACAAACACUCCACUCGUCAUCUGUAAGAAGUUCUGAGUCAUACUUCGACUAUUUGACAUCCCUCUUCAUCUUUCCCAACCAACUUCGGAUUGACGACCCCCCUCCUUCGCAAGAUGCACCAGACCGGAAAUAGCAUAAAACUCCUCACUGGUAAUUCUCAUCCUCGACUCGCAGAUGCCGUCGCUGCUCGACUUGGUAUCCCCUUGACUCCAUGUCACGUCUCAAAAUUCCUCUCCCUCGAAACGAGCGUUCAGAUUCAUUCGUCUGUUCGAGAUGAAGAUGUUUUCAUCCUUCAAUCCCCUUCACCGCCUGAUAUCAACGAUCAUUUGAUGGAAUUACUCAUCAUGAUUUCUGCUUGCAAAACCGCUUCGGCAAAAAGGAUCACCGCUGUGAUUCCGUGUUACCCGUAUGCGAGACAAGAUAAAAAGGACAAAUCCAGGGCACCCAUCACGGCGAAACUUGUUGCCAAUUUACUCGCCGUAGCCGGCGCCGACCAUGUCAUCACCAUGGACCUUCAUGCCUCACAGAUCCAAGGAUUCUUCGAUAUCCCGGUCGACAAUCUCAUCUCAGAACCCUCCAUGAUGUCGUACAUCAGACAAGAGAUUCCCGAUUGGAAGAACGCCAUUAUCGUGUCUCCCGACGCUGGCGGGGCUAAGCGAGCCACAAAUCUAGCUGAUCGCCUCAAUCUCGACUUUGCCCUCAUCAACCGGAAACGCAAACGAGAUGUGACAGCUACUGUUCCCACUGUUCCCCCCACUCCAGCGGGAAGCGACAGUGGUAGUGGGUACGACUUUGAAGAAGGGACGGCGGUAGAAAAGAUGGAACUGCUAGUUGGGGACGUCAAAGGCAAAGUUGCCAUCUUGAUAGACGAUAUGAUCGAUACUGGUCACACUGUCAGAUUAGCUGCCGGGGUGUUGAUAGAAGCGGGGGCGAAAGAGGUUUAUGCUUUGAUAUCUCAUGGUCUCUUGUCAGAGACGUCUAUGGAUAAUCUACAAGAUCUUCCAGUUCGAAAGCUCAUCGUCACCAACUCGAUCGACCAAACCGAUCGAGAAGCAGCGUGUGGUGGUGUUCUAGGCACCAUUGACAUAGCCCCAGUGAUUGCGGAGAGUAUAAGGAGGACACAUAACGGAGAAUCCAUCUCAGCCUUGUUCCGUUCUAAUUACAUGUUUUAAAAGGCUCACCACCUUAUGUUGGAUGUGAGACCAGUCCGCGACGAUUAGAUGUCGUCCGCGUGAGUUACGAAGUUUGAGGUUUGACGUUGGAGGACAUGUUGUGUACCCAAUAUAUGUACAUGGUCUGCAUGCUUGCUUGAUUUUAGUUAG